GUCCGAGCAGAACCACUGCGUCUAUCGCAUUGGCGACGAGGUGCUCCAAGCCACGGACAUAGCGGAGUGAGUGCUGGAUUUCGACGGGGUUGUGGAGGACGUUGAUCCGGUAUCACCCUCUCCAUAGAUAGGUAGGUGCAGGCAGGUCUACUGUUGUAAUUUGCCAUGUGCUGGUGAUACCGUAAAAACUUUACCCGGAAAUUCAUUUGCAGCGGCUAUGGAGAAACCAGAGGAAUAACGUCUGAUACUAACUAAUUCUCCUAAUAAUUUAUUAAUUUUGAGAGUAGAGACUACAUAAUACGAGUAGCAGUGCUGAACUUCCGAACAUAUGUCACCAGCCAGCGAAGACUUAUACGUAUGAAUAUAAAAUUUAUGCUAAAACGCUGGCUUCAGUCUGCAGCGACCAUGCCAAAGUACUCGUGUCUCACAUCCGAACCUGGCACUGCGCGGCAGCCAUCGGUAUGCUGUUUAUAAUCCUAUGAAUGGUAAGUACCCGAGUUCGGCUUAUCUUUACGGCUUUUCGUAAUGGCCCACUCACUUGGUUUUUCCGGAGACUUACUUGGCAUGCGGCCUAGCGCUGACUGUUUACGUUAUCCCGAGUCCCUCCGCCAGCAGAGCGGCGUCAAUUGCGAAAUGUUAUGGCGAGAUCGACAUAAUGAUAAACUGGAUCUUUUCGUACCACAGAACUCGCUACAAUAAUCAUUUUACAUUGAUUGACAUGGCCAUAGUAGCGUCCAACCGGGGAUGGAGGGGGAGCGCUUGUUAUUCACCUUCUGGCCCCUUAUCAGUGUCAAUCUACCAGGGUCGCUGGUGUCCUGGUAGGAUGUUUGGAAGAGUUAUGACGAGGGAUCGACCCGGUCCAUAUUCCGUCUAGGUUCAGUUUGUCGGCGACACGGAUGCAGAACGGUCGUGUGCAGCUGCUACGCCACAUUUGAACGUCAAAAGCCGGCGUCUUAGGAUAGUUGUACAGUGUUCUUCCGCCAACAUGCUGUCCGUCUGUCUUCUUCUACUUGCAUCAGCGGUCUCUACAGCAUCUGGUCUAUCCUGCCACGAGCUGCACACGCCCUCCCAGAACGCCGUGGUCUCCCUGGGAGAGACGCCUGCCGGCAGCGACCAGUGCAGUGGCGAUCUGUUCAAGUGCUCGUCCGUCUCACAGACCUGCCUCAACUCUGGCCGCCGCUGCGCCGGCGGCUGCGACUCUGAGGCCUGCCUGCCGUUCGCCAGUCUCUGUGAUGGUGUGGACGAUUGUAGGGCGCUGUCCGGCGGCGGCGAGGGGUCCGGCUCGGCAGACGAGGAGCACUGUUUGUCGAUCCUGAGAACCUACCGCCUCACCCUGGGGGCCUCCAUCGACAACGGCCGCUUCAUGGCGUUCCAGGUGAGCCUGCAGACGUGCGCCGCCUACUGUUUCUUCCACCCGUCCUGCUCCAUGUUCAGUUACGCCGCGUCUGGCGGCCGCAGCUGCAAGAUCGGCUGCGACGACUGCGGCUGGCGCACGUUCACACAUCAGCAGAGCAACGCCAACCUCUACAACGCGACGGCGGCGACGAGCCUGCUGCGCUCCCGGCUGCAGUCUGCGCACCCGGGGACUCCAUCCAACCCGUCUGAGGCGAGCCCACUGCCGGCUCCUGGGACCUGCGGCCUCCGCACUAUUUCCGGGCCUGACACGUCCCAUUUUGAGCUGGCCGUGUUCGGCGAGGACCUCGGCCUUCCCGGCUUCGGGCCGCGCCUCGCUGCCGCCGCCGACCUGCGGGUGGUGGGUCUGGAGGGCCGCAGGGCCGCCUAUGGAGAGUACCCGUGGAUGGCGCAGCUGCAGGUGCGCGAGGGGCGCUACUUUGAGCACCACUGCGGCGCCGUUGUGGUUGCGGAGAGGUAUGUGGUGACGGCGGCACAUUGUCUGGAACAUGCCAGGAGCAUGUAUCAGGUGGUGGUGGGGCAGUUUGACCGCGGACAGCUCGACGAACAGGAGCAGACCUUCGCCAUCCAGGAGAUGAUUCUUCAUCCUGGCUUCGUGAACCAGGCGCAGGCAUCGGUGGGCUACCCGAACGAUAUCGCCAUUCUGAAGCUGCUCCCUCGCAGAGACAGAGGAAUCAUCUUCAGUGACAAGGUUCAGCCACUGUGUAUCACGGAGCCGACGCCGGGUGCCGAGCUCCCGGAGAGCUGCGUGGUCUCCGGCUGGGGCUACACCAACCCGGAGGGCGGGCUCGCCGAGGUACUGGCCGGCUCCCCGGUGCCCACCGUCUCCCGGGCCUUCUGCGAGAGCCGCCACGGCUACGGAGACAACUUUGACGGCGACAUUCAGGUGUGCGCCGGCAACCUCACCGGCGGCGUCGACUCCUGCGAGGGAGACUCAGGUGGGCCUCUGGCGUGCUACGAAGCCGAGGCCGCCGAGCCACACUGGUAUCUGGCGGGGAUUGUAUCGUUCGGUGACGGCUGCGGCAAGCCGCUCAAACCGGGGGUGUAUACGCGAGUGGCGGCCUUCUACGACUGGAUCGUCCGUACGCUGAACUAUCUGGAGAGCACUGGCGAGUGACGUCUGCGAUAACGGCAGAAACGGUGUCACAGCUACCCGGACAAUGUUUAGGGAACGGUUUGGACAAUGGACACCUUUAAGCAAUAACUAUGCAUCUUUCCAAAUUUCGUCAGCAUUGUUUUUUCUAGUAGCGUAGCCAUUCUUACUUUUUAGUUGUAGGAACUGAUGUUUUUUUAGGAUAUUAUUGUAUUUCAUUGUAUCAUGAUUGUAUAUGAUUAUUUGUCGAGGAUCAAUGGCUUUUAGGUUAGGUAUUUACCAAUAUUGUUGCACAAGUAUUGUAAAUAUGUGAAUUGUGAAUACAUGUGAUGCGCUCUCA